CCUGCUAUACCACAAAUGUAGUUUUUGAUAGUGGAUUGGAGUGCUAAGCAGAAAUGCAGAAAUGAUCACCUUUAUGUGAAUAAAUAUGGUUAGAAUUGUCCAGAACAUGGCCCAUUGUAUAAUAUUUUAAAUUUGACAGGAAUCUCUGAUGAAGGCAGAAUGGAGAAAAGCACCACAGAGACAGCAGCUGCCCCUGGAUGUGAACUCAUUCUUCUUGUCUGCUUGGCCUUUUCUCAGGGGAACUUUGGAUCAAGAUGUCAAGUGCGUUUGUGAUCAAGUAUUUCUUCAGUUAGUUUUUUGAGGGAUAUUCUCCCAGGAAACAUCUUCUUUACAUGUUUUGCCCCCUUGAUGGCAUACCAUUCAGCCCUUUCUGACAUUGUGGUAGAUGAAGCUCAGCUGGAGCAAUUGGCAUUUGUGGCAAAGGAUUCGGCCUUCCUGCAUGGACUCCUCAUCAGAACCAAAGAAGAUCCCAACUCACCAGAGGUCUUAAGCUAUGCUCCAUUCACACUCUUUCCAUCCCCAGUCCCUAAAUCCGUCUAUGAACAGGCCAAGCUUUUACAAAGAGACUUUAAUCUGUUGGUGGACAAAAUUACUCAAGACAGCAAGUUUCUGGAACAAGCUCUUGCCAGGAUGGCAGAGUGGCACAGUUAUAACAACGCUACCUUGCA